AAUUGCUCCGGAAAAGUAGUCACCUCUUCGAUCGUACCUACAAGCAGAGUAGACCAAGUUACUAGCUGUAACCUCAAUCAUGCGUUUCACCUUGAUCGCCAUUCUCGCCGGCAGCUGUCUCGCUACUGCUCAGAGCACCUCUACAUGCCCUGCUCAGAGCGUACUCAACCUCUGCGUCUCUCAGCAGCAGGCAAGCACAUCGCGAUGUGGUCCUAAUGAUUAUGACUGCCUUUGCCAGGGCUACACCAAUCUGGUGGUUUGCUACAACAACUGCCCUAACGACGCUGGUGCUUUCACCGCAUCGCAGAACAAAAUCCAAUACUGUCAAGCUGCUAGCCAAUACGGCUCCUCUGCCAUACAGUCUCAGUCAGCCACCGCUUCAAUCUCAGGUGCACUCUCGUCGGCUCUGUCAAGCGCAUCUUUAUCUGCUGCAGCUGCUUCCUCAACACGCGCAUCCGUUGCUUCCUCAACACGCGCAUCCGUUGCUUCCUCAACACGCGCAUCCGUUGCUUCGUCGAUCUCACGCAGUGCAUCUGCCUCUGCUUCGUCGGCCUCAGCUGCUGCUACUCAGACUGGCGCCGCUGCUAAUAUUGCCGCACCUGUCGUUGCCGGUGUCAUUGGCAUAGCUAUCGGAGCUGCUGCCCUGUUGUGAACACAGGGCAAAUUGGGUCCAUUCGACGAUUUUUCGAACUGACGGUCAAUGAGUUUGCAGUCCUGGCUUUUCCCUUUGUUAUCCUGAGAGGGUGCCUAGCGAUAUUGCUUCUUUGCAACCUUGCAGCGUGGUGUAUAGUGUACUCGGUCUUCCGAUUGUCGUAAUAUAGCUCUUUGCAGACUUUGGCCCAGACUUGUGCAACACUGCGGUAUUUAUUACCUAGGUCCUUGAUACUGAAAGUGAAUUUACGCUGGAGCCGCUUGAAUAUCGUGGUCUGCUAACAUAGUCAG